AUGACCCGGGAGAAGAAAAAACCACCGCUUCCAGCGCGCGGUGAUGCGGCCAAGGAUCGGCAUAACAAGGCAUCUCGCAUGCGCAAUGCAGAUCCGACAAUCUACAAUGGAUUGAAUGCCUACAAGCAGCCGCCGCCACAGAUGAAACACAAAUCCUACUUCGUGAUCGCAGACAACACAGAUAGGAAAGAGAAGAAGCUGGAGACCAAGGUGACCGUCGAUCGCAACCCUCCGCCUGGGUUCGAAUUCAUCGCCGCAGGCAAUCCCCAGCUCAGCAAGCUCUGUAAGGAGCUGUCAAGAGAGCAGGAUGCUAUGAUCUUCAUUGUCUCGGAAUCCAAUGGCAAAACCCUGUCGGAUGAAUUGCAGCGCUUGGGCUACCAUUUUCGCCAGCGCAUCGUCGACCAAGCUAGGGAGAUGCUCCUUGAACACGGCCAUACCGACCGUGCCAGGUUCACGAUACCUGGGCGGCCUGAGGUCAUUCCAGAGGACAAGGAGAAAAUGAUGCGCGAAGCAGAUGCUGUCUUGCGGGACUUGUUCCCCCGGAUCCCUCACACCGAUCGUGCCGAGAUACUCUUACAGUCCUUUAACCAGGCGAAUAAAUACUUCAACGGCAGCCUCAAGGUUGGCAUGAACCAGAGCAUGCCGUUGGCUCGGCGUGUUCAGCUCGCCGCCAUCUCACACAUCAGGCAUACCAAGACCAGAUACGAUGAGCUCCUCAGAGAGGGCCAGAAGUGGGAGAAUGCCAGAAAAGCUGUAGAAAAGCCGUGCCUCGACAUCAUUGUCAAGUGGCGUGGUGACGAAGAAACAGGCCGGGACCAGCUGGAUGAGAUUCUGCAAGAAGUCAUAGAAAUCUCAGACAGUGAGGGCGAUUCUGAGGAUGAGUACUCCAGCGAAGAAGCAAUCGUUCCGAACCCUGUGGGCUUACGGGCUCGAAUGUCCCCGGUUGCUGCUAGGACGUCUCACGCCGUACAGGAACCAGUGCGGAUCACAGAAGCACCCACCCAAGGACAGCCCCGUGAGCCGUCUGUCAUACUGCUUUCACCUGGCCAGCCAAAGAAGACAAACAGGAAAGAGCGUAAAGCCGCCAAGAAGGCAAACCAGCGCUUCAAAAGGUAUUACCAGGUCGCGGAGACCUUUCGACAGGAACCACAUGCUCCCCCGGAACCGCCAUCAGAAGUUGCUGCUGGGGAUGACUUUCCUGCCGGGGAAACCAUACAUAGGUUUGGUGACUCACGCUCUUUGCAGGCAACGAGUAGCAGCCACAUCCCAGUGUCCGGUGAGGGCAUACCACAAGGUGCACGACUGCAUUACGACCCGUAUGCUGGAUCCCCUAGAUAUCGAGAGGAUGUCACCAGAGAGGCAAUGCGGCGCCAGUCGCCUCUUGUAGGGCAUGGGAAUGGCAUUCCGCCUCAAGUCGGAUUUGUAAGUGAUCGUCAGAGACACGACCAUGUUCCGCUGUCGCCUGCCAAACACCAAUUGCACGAUAUGCUAGUUCCAUUUAUUGAGCCGCGGUCGCCUGGUGUGGUGCAGAAUCGCGAUCAACCCCCCUCCUACUUUUCUCAUAGGUUUGAGCCUCAUGCAGAACCUCCUCGGAUCGUAACCCGGUCGAUUGUCCAUCAGCCCUCAGGCGCCGCUCGUCCAGCCUCUCCGGAGUACCUUUCUGGUCUGGAAGACCUCUCUAUAAAGCGACGCCGUGUCGUGUCGCAGGCCGAAUCAUCCGGACUUUUCUCCAACGGCUUCAUCCAAGUGAAUCGUCGGCCGGAGCAGGUGGUGGAACACACAGCGGGCCGCCCUAUCAGCUAUCCCAUCCCGGUAUCCAGAGAGGCCCAACCAAGACCUCGAUCGCCUGUCCGCUACGUGCACCGACCGUUAGAGGUCGGUCGCGAAGAGCACAGGGCCAACCCGGUUGUUCUCAACAGGUCGGACUGGUCUGGCCAGGAUGAGGUCGCUUAUAGGUCAAGAGCCCAUCCCAUUUAUGUCGGUGAACCAACACAUCCAACCCGGGAAAAUGCUGCUGUUAGGUCCAGCAACAACCCUAUUGUUCUGGACUCGCCUCGUACAGUGGGAAGGUACAUUGAGCCGCACCAACCUUCAGACAAGUUGGACCAGUACAGACUGCCUCCUGCUAGACCAGAGGCGAUCCGUGAUGUUCCGGUCCGUGAGAUCCGCCAUUUCGUCGACGGUCGUCCCGUUAUCUACGUAAAUGAACCGGAUCCUAGAGCAUUCCGGGCUCAGGAGACUAGUCGUGGUUACAGCGGCCCGCUAUAUUCGCAGGAUAGGACAUUCGCAUACCAUGCCGAUCCACACUCGUACCAAGCACCGCCGGCCCGAGACGCGUUUGACCAAGCGCGCCACUACACGGAAGCAAAUCCACGACUUAUAGCGCCAUCGCAUGGUAGCAUGGGACGUGGAGUAAUGGAUGAUCGUAUGCCGCGACCAAUGUCCCCGCGGCAAGGGACUUACGAGGCCCAUUACGUACGGGAUUCUCCUCAACGCGGGUGGAACGCAGCAGGUGAAGCUCCGGCUAGCUACACUAUUGCCCAUCCACCUCGCUAA